CCAUGGAGAGUAUUCCUGCUCACUUCCAUAUCGUCAUAACAUUAUUAGCAUGCGGAUCAAUCAAAGCGAAUACGAUAUGGCAGAGCACUGAAUGCUUUACUUGAUGAAGUCAUCCCUGCAGUAGAUGGCGAUCAUUCCCUGUACAAUAGAGAUUAUUUUAAUGCUGCCAGGGGACCGUUAAAGAGGCAGAAGGGGAGUGAGGAGGAGCGCCUGUCCUGCUGUCCAACCUAACGUGACGGUUUCAGCAUGAAAUAUGAAGCAUCUCAGAUAAAAUAGCAAGGCUGUCUGUUAGAGUACGCAAGCUGAUAUCUAGUGGUGGUUCUUAUGUAUCUCCAGUUUGUAUCUUCAUUCAAUGCCUAACGUAGAAGCUGAUAGAGAAGCUAAUGGUCCUGAAGCCAACGAAAACAAUUCCGAGAACAAAUCUACAAAGAGCAGUCUCCAUGAUGCUGAGGAAUCGUUCAGCGUGGGAGGUGGUCCCGUCGAAAACGUUGGAGCUGGCGGAGACAGGCAUUAUCCGUGGGGAUGUCCUGUAACACACACCAGAGAGAAAUUCUAUACUAUCUGCUCAGACUACGCUUUCCUGAACCAAGCCACAUCGCUAUUCAAAACUCCAAGUUCCGUUAUUGGUUCCAGUUCGCAAGAUAAUCCGGUGUUAAACAAUCCCCUGAAUUAUAUCGACCUGCAGGCUAGUGGGUCAGAAACUCUUUAUGAUGAAGACGCAAGCCUGGAUUCCUUAUCUAGUGAAAUUGGGACAAUUCCACUUGCCUGGGAAAUUGAUACAUCAGACUUCAAUACAAUGGCUUCAAAGUUAAAGGGCAAACCAGGUGUGGCCAAUAAACAGGUUCCAAAGAAGAAAAUUGAUAGGAAAGUGAAACCGUCAAGAGAAUGCCCGCAGCAUUUCGUCUUGGAUGAUAUCAAACAACGGAAAGUACUGGACCUGCGGAGAUGGUAUUGUAUCAGCCGACCACAGUAUAAGACGUCGUGUGGAAUUUCCUCUCUGGUAUCUUGCUGGAACUUUCUCUAUAGCAGUCUUGGGACUGGAAGUCUCCCACCAAUUACUCAAGAAGAUGCUUUACGUAUUUUGGGUUUUCAACCACCCUUUGAAGAGAUCCGGUUUGGACCUUUUACUGGCAAUACAACUUUGAUGAGAUGGUUCAGACAAAUCAACGACCAUUUCCACGUCAAGGGCUGUUCAUAUGUCAUGUACAAACCUCAUGGGAAGAACAAGACGGCGGGCGAGUCCGCUGCUGGAGCAUUAUCAAAGUUAACCCAAGGACUUAAAGAUGAUUCUAUGGCUUACAUUUACCAUUGCCAAAACCAUUAUUUUUGUCCUAUUGGAUUUGAAGCCACCCCUGUGAAAGCCUGCAAGGCAUAUAGGGGUCAGCUGUUCCAGCAUGAAGUUGAAUAUUGGAUACUAAUUGGCGAGCCAAGCAGGAAGCACCCUACAAUUCACUGUAAAAAAUGGGCGGACAUUGUUACUGACCUAAACACUCAGAAUCCAGAAUACUUGGAUAUUCGGCACACUGAAAGAGGUCUACAGUACAGGAAAACCAAGAAGGCCGGAGGAAAUCUUCACUGCCUCAUGGCUUUUCAGAAACUAAGCUGGCAAAGAUUUGGACCUUGGACCAUGCAGCUUGGAAACAUGCGGCCCAAACCUCAGCCAUCUAUGAACGCAAGGAGAAUACCAAAGUCUGAAAGUGAAGACAAUGUGCCCAAGAAAGCACAAGGGCGAUUGGGAAGGUCUUUCAGCACAGGCUUUCAGCAAGACCUUGCAUGGAAGAGGAUGUGUAAUAUUCAUGAAAUGAGGAGCACUGCCUCGCCAGAAAGUGACACAGACUGUGAAGGCAAUGACUGUGUCUACACUGCCGACUAGUGAUUUGCUUUUUGAGGUACAUGGAGUUUUCUCCUAGUGUGGAAUUUAAUGAACUAUUCCAUUGGAGAAUUGACACAUUAGGGGUUCGCUAAGACCAGUACAAUAAAGACCAGUUCCAAAUCUUGA